CGGAGCGCAGGCGGCGCGGGCGCAAGACCCAGGCGAGCCCGGAGCGGAGCCACGCUCGGCGGCUGCAGCUCCAGCUCCUGCUCUCCAGUGGUCCUGAGAGGGAGACACAGUAGUCCUUGACCCCUGUCACGUGGAUGGGAGCAACUGCCAGCUACGGAGAAGAAUAUGGCCACAUCUCCACAUGAUCCUUCCCACAUAAAGCCAAAGCCACCUCUGGACACAUGCCCCAGUGCCUCAGUCUCUGUGCAAAACCUGGAGAGUGGAGGCCUGCUCCAGGCCCAGGAGGAAACCAGCUCUGCAGGGGGCAAUUUGAGGACUGGAGUUUGAACCACAAAUUUCUGUCUUCUUUCCCUCUUCUUCAUUCAUACUCCUGCCCAAUACUUUCUAGGAGACUGCUUUAUUUAUUUCUGGAAAAAACAGCACUAGGUCAUUGUAGCCUCCCCACAUCUGGACACUCUUUUGGCUCUGUUGUGCAGCCCAGAGCCCAGUGGUUGACGUAACUGACGCAUUGGGGAGCUGGACGAGAAGCAGCCAGGGGCAGUGGGCAAAGGAAGGAGCCAUAGCGUCCCAGGAUGGAGCCCAAUGGCACAGCCUCUUCUUGUUGUCUGGACUCUGCCGCGUGUAAGAUCACUGUCGGCAUGAUCCUCGUUGUCCUCAUCCUCAUCACCAUUGCUGGCAAUGUGGUGGUCUGCCUGGCUGUGGGCUUGAACCGCCGGCUCCGCAGUCUGACCAACUGCUUCAUUGUGUCCUUGGCCAUCACUGACCUGCUCCUCGGCCUCCUGGUGCUGCCCUUCUCGGCCUUCUACCAGCUGUACAACACGUGGAGCUUUGGCGAGGUCUUCUGCGAUAUCUAUACCAGCCUCGAUGUGAUGCUCUGCACGGCCUCCAUCCUCAACCUCUUCAUGAUCAGCCUUGACCGAUACUGUGCUGUCACGGACCCCCUGCGCUACCCCGUGCUAGUCACCCCUGCCCGGGUCACCAUCUCCCUGGUCUUAAUUUGGGUUAUCUCCAUCACCCUGUCCUUCCUGUCUAUCCACCUGGGGUGGAACAGCAGGAAUGAGACCAGCAUGAGCGACAUCAGCAAGGUCAAUCACACUGCCUUGAAGUGCAAAGUCCAGGUCAACUUGGUAUACGGCUUGGUGGACGGGCUGGUCACCUUCUACCUGCCCCUGCUCGUCAUGUGCGUCACCUACUACCGCAUCUUCAAGAUCGCCCGGGAUCAGGCCCGGAGGAUCCAUCAAGUCAGCUCCUGGAGGGCAGCCACCAUCAAGGAGCACAAAGCCACGGUGACGCUGGCCGCUGUGAUGGGAGCCUUCAUCAUCUGCUGGUUUCCCUACUUCACCGUGUUUGUCUACCGCGGGCUGAGAGGGGAUGAUGCCGUCAACGAGGUGUUUGAAGCCAUCGUUCUGUGGCUGGGCUACGCCAACUCGGCCCUGAACCCCAUCCUGUACGCUGCACUGAACAGAGACUUCCGCAUGGCAUACCAGCAGGUCUUCCACUGCAGGCUGGCCCGCCGCAAUGCCCGUAAAAUUUCUCUGAGGUCCAACAGCUCCCAGCUCUCCAGGAACCAAAGCCCAGAACCCAGGCGGCAGGAAGAGAAGGCCCUGAAGCUCCAGGUGUGGAGUGGGACAGAGGUCACGGCCCCCUGGGGAGCCACAGACAGGAAGCCAGUGCUGUCCUGCGCCGUGUGCUCCAGCAACCUUCUGAGCUGCUGCAAGAGCCUGUGGGGGCUUAGGCUCCUCCAGAGACAUGUGGGAGGCCCCUCGGAGGGGCAGCCGGGGGAGCCACUGUUUGAGGAGCCGCUGAGGACACCGCCCCAGGAAGCGGUGAGGACACUGCCCUCCGAGGCCGUCUAGACCCGGCCCCGGGACACUGAAGAUACUGCUCCUGGCCACCAAGAUUUGACUCUUGGAGCCACUAAGGACCCAGAAGCCCCCCAAAGCCCCCCAAGGACAUCCUAGCCUGAGUCUGCGGACUCCCAGAGCACACAGGGGGGUGCUGGGGUCCUCGGGCCUAAGAUGGAGCAGCCUUCUGUACUCAGCGGUCCCAGACAGAUGUUCAGGACCCCCCUGGGUCCAGGUCCGUUGAAUCCCAUGGGUUCAAAGCUCACGUUGGUGCUGGCCCUGAGUCAUGAGCAGGGGCAGCGGGACGUUUGGGGAUGUGUGCACGUGUGUGCACAGAUGUGUACGUGCAGGAGCACGCUGUCUUCUGAGUAGAGGAUGUUGCCAAUAAAGUGUUAGCCUCUUACUGCCCCGUGGGUUCUGCAGGACAGCAGAAAGGAGAGAGAAAGGAAGGGAAGGAAGGAAAUGAGCCUUUAAUGAACACCUAUUGUGCACAAGGUCUUCACCUGCAUAAGCCCCCGUAACCCUUACAACAACGUUUGCAGUAAAGAUCACUGUCCCAGCUUUACAGAGGGGGAAACUGAGGGUGAGAGAAGUACGGGCCUGCCCAAGGCCACUCAGCUAGAAAGUGUGCCAGGCUCAUAGGAGAUGCUCAAAAAAUAGCUGUUGAAUGAAUGAAUGAGCGGGUGAGAGGAUGAGUGAGGACCCAGGCCGCCAGCCCAUGCUCUUGACAGGACACUACACUGCCUCUCAGGAGAGAGGUCAAGAUACUUCCUUGACUCAGCCUACCCUCCUCCUAGUGAGGCUCAGACCGGAGCCUGGGGGCCCUUCAUACUGCAGUCCCGACCCUCUGGUGCUCUUCGUCAGCAGCAGGUGGCAUGGCAUGGACUUACCGGGGAAAGUGCCUGGCAUCAGGGAAGGAGAGGUGGAAGUUGGGAGACACAACAGACUUGAGUGGGGGAGUUGGCCCCACAGCACCCUCUGCUGGAUGUGUGACCUGGGGCAAGUCCGGGAACCCCUCUGAGCAGCACUUUACUUCUCUGUCCAAAGGGGUAAGCUCCCCUUUCCUGUUGACAGAGUUGUUGAAGAGACCCGAGGAGCAGGGGUAGUGACAGCCCCAGAGUGAUGAGGGUGUCCAUAGGCAGUCCUCACUGACCACUACCCCUCCCUGAGCCCACUCUUCCCUUGGUUCCAAGACCCCCCCAUGGUGUCCCCUCCUUGCCCACCCAUGCCUUUUCAGUCCCCCGGCGGCUCACCAUCCUCUCCCUGGCCGUCAGAUGUGGUCAUUCCCCAAGGCUCAGUCCUGAGCCUUCUCUUCUCACUGCGGUUUCUCUCCCUCCAUGGCCUCAUCUACACUCUCGUAACUGAAGUCACCAUGGAAUUUAUCUCUGAGGAGAUCACUCUCGGAUUUGUACCUACAGCCCAGGCUCCUUCUGGGAGCUUUCCACCCACCGCUGCCUAUGUGACACCUCCACCUGGGUGUGUUGAAGGCACCUGACCUUUAGCGUGUCCACAACUAUACCCCUGACCUUUCCUGCACCUGCUCCUCUCCCAGGGUUCCCCUUCUCAGACGGAGGCCUUCUCAUUGGCCUCAAAGGCUGGGGGCCAAUCUUGGUACCUCCCUUCUCCUGGCUCCUUGUGGUCAUUCCUCUCGAGUCCUCCCACAUGUAUCCACUGUCCCCUUGAUUCUCUCCACCUGUCCUGUCAUCACUCGAUCCCACUGCCAUCCCCACUGUCAGGACAAUUGAAACAGGUUCCUGACAGCUCUCUGCAUUCCCCACUCCCCCCGCUCCAGUCCGCUCUCCACCCCACAGCCACAGUGGGCUGUGCAGCAUGCAAGACCAAUCAUGUCACACACGUGGAGGAAACCACCUUUCACCCGACAUGUCCCUCCAGCCUCCUCCUGCCCCACACGCCCCUCCAUCUCUUCACCCCAACCCUACUGGCCCUCUCCUUUUGGUUUGUUUAUCUCACUGCUCCUUCCAGCUACCGGGCCGCGCACAGAGCUGUUUCCAUGACUUGAAAUGCUCGUCCCGCCCUUUCGGCCACAAGAUUUCAGCUCAAAUAGCACUUACUUGAGGACGUCUUCCUUGACCCUCGCUAGUAGAUCAGGCCCCCGACACUCAUCCCAGAACUGACCUUGGAAGCCAUUGGCGUGGUUGUAAUUUACAGCCGUGUGUGCAACUCCCUGAGCCCUGUCUGUCUCCCCUACUCAGGAGGUAGUGGGUCUUGCUUCUGUUGACCAUUAUGUGUCUAGCCCCUAGACGAGUGUUUGACACGUAGUAGGAGCUUUAAGCAGUUUAUCUGCCACUACACCUGAAGGCAUGAUUUGCCCUGAUGGCCCCCAGAGAUGCUCACUCUUGGCUGGCUUCCUUCUGGAAGCCCCGGAAUCCCCUCUUCAGAAGUAUUCCCAGGAGUCUGAGGCAGAUGGGCCUCUGAGUCAUGGAGCCAUAAGACUGGUCUGGCUGAUCACAGACUCAGCUGGUCAGGGCUGAGGUCAAGGUGCACACUCACCACUUGCCACUGCACGAGGCUCCUUCAACUCUGUCUCUGAGUUGCCCCCACCCUUCAGGAGGCCUCCUAGAGCCUCUGCUGGCUGCAGAAGUGGGGCGCAUGCUGCCUGGAGGAGGAGCAGUGGGCCCCCAAAUCCACGUUCCAU